AUGGAUCACCACGCACAUGCUCGGUUCUCUAGCAGCCCCGGCUCAUCUAACGGGAACGCUUCUCAUCAGGCUACCCCUGAGACCAAGUUGACUUCUCUCUCUCCAGAGGAGUCUCGUGGGCUCGUUAACGGGGUACAGAAGGCUAUGCAGCAGGUUGGAGGGCCACCACCAUUUUCUCUUUCCAACGUUCGCACUUCUACCACCAUGAGCUACGGAGGCAUCCAGCCAGCUUUCCACGGCUCGGCCGUCGAGAUGCCAUCCCUCUUUCACCUCGGCAGUCCGGCCAUUAUCAGGGAUCCAUUUGCUUCUGGGCUCACUCGUCCUCGUGUGAACGAGCAUCAGAAACUUUCCCCAACCGCGUCAGCUUUCAUGCCAAGCAAUGUCAAAAAUGUCAAUUUGUCUUCUGUUGAUCAGAAGCCAAGACUCGAGAACAUUGGUAAAGCUCCUCCUAAAGCGAGCUACCUCAACACCACUUCGACUACCGAUAUGAAUGCAACCGACGAUAUGCAUCUCAAGCAGUAUCUCGAUUCAGUCAUCGCUAAGUCUGCUGCAGCCUUGGACUCUGGGCCAGCUCAGCAGCCGAUUGGUACUCGCCGCUCAUCAGUCUCUGACAGCUCCGUUGAAGAGGUUGCUGAAUUUAGCACUGAUGAUGAUAUCACUCGUGCUGUUGUAAUUGAAAACAUUCCUCGCAAAGUUUCUCGCAAGGAGCUUGGCGAGCUCUUCAACGUUGUCCUUUUUCCGAGCCUCAAGGCUCUUCUGUUUGAUGAGCUUCCUACCAACGGAAAGGUCUACCUCGGAUUCACCGACAUUCGUGACAGCGAAAAUGCUUAUGAGAGAGCUCAUCAGCUGCACCCCGAGUGGUCGACUCGUUACUUUGCCACCAGCAAAUUCGCUGACAAGGUUCAACCCGGCGCAGGCGCUCGGGUCUCUCAGUACGAAGGCCAAGUGAUCAUUACUGUUCACUUUCCUGGCGCAAGUUCCGAGUUCAAUCCUGUUACGAUCCAUAAGCUGGUCAGUGACUUGCUUGCAAACUACGGCGAUGUCCGGGUUCUUGAAAAGAUGGGAACUUCACAAGACCCGCCCGUUUCUUACAGAGUAGAGUAUUGUGACACCAAAGCGGCGGGCAGUGCUGUUGUAGCCCUUGACGGGUUCAAGAUCGGGGGCUGCUCCUUGGUUAUUGUUCACCAUGAACCAGACAUUGUGCGAGCGUCUCCUCGUCGUCCAGAGCAGACUGCUCCCACCGUUGCUGGCCGCCAGGCUUCCGAUCUGCGAGAUGCGAUGGAGCAAAUGACCAUCUCUCGCCGUGACCCUGGGGAGGAUUGCAACCCAGAAUAUGGGCGCCCUGCUCCAUAUGCUCAUCUCAGUCCAACUGGGCGCUCCACCUUGUCUCGCGAGGACUACAUGGGACCGCCCUUUGCUAGGUACGGACCAGGCUUUGGAAAUGCGCGCCGCGGUCCCAGCCUAUAUCCUGGCCCGUUUGGACCUCAACUCCACGAUGAAUUCCAUCGAAAUGAGCAGCCUAUGCAUGGUUGGGACCUUUACGGCCCAGGCGCGAUUGGACAGGAGCGUGGGCAGUUUCGUCAACCUUAUUAUGGCCCAAAUCCUUCAACCCCACGCCGAAACUUGCAUAGAAACAGCGGUCGGCAUGACAUGGGUCAUCAUAAUAUCGUUGAUAUUGAACGGAUUCGCCAUGGUCUCGACGUGCGCACCACGAUCAUGUUGCGAAAUAUUCCGAAUAAGAUUGACCAAGCUAUGCUGAAGGAGAUAGUCGAUGAGACUAGCUUUGGAAAAUAUGACUUCAUGUAUCUGCGUAUCGAUUUCGCCAACAACUGCAAUGUUGGCUAUGCGUUUAUCAAUUUCGAGGACCCCUGGUUCAUUAUCGAUUUCGUCAAAGCAAGAGCCGGGCAGCGCUGGAACCGUUUCAACAGCGACAAGGUCGCCGAGGUUUCCUACGCUACAAUUCAAGGAAAAGAUUGUCUCGUCCAGAAAUUCCGUAACAGCAGCGUGAUGCUCGAGCAUCCUUCUUUCCGUCCCAAGAUUUUCCAUACCGGUACUGGGCCAUUGGCUGGCACGGAGGAUACCUUCCCAGGUCCCGACAAUCCUUCAAAGAUGCGCCGCAGCGUCGAAAAUGCCGAACAUGUUGGCCUUUUUGCUCCGCGCGCCGGUCAACAUUUUCGCGAUGAGCAACGCCGCCGUCGUUCCCAGUACGACCGCGGAACUCGCCUUGCUGAAUUGGAGGAAGCAUACGAGCUUGGAGUAGCCGACUCUUUUGAAGACAGCCUUCGCCACCGCAAGAGCUUCCAAGAAGGUUACUACGGACGUCGGUUUGCCCGGAAUGCUCCGACUUAUUAG